CGUGCCGGUGGCAGUCGCAAGGACGACGCCGUCGCCGCCACGUGGGGAGCGAAUUUGAAUCGGCCGCCACCGGUUGGUAGCUUCGUCGUCGACUUAAAGCCACGCAGAACAGCGUGGAGCUCGCUGGGCCUCCUGGAACCGUGACCCAUACACCUUGACGACCGAUCGUCGUUUCAACCCCCAUCGCACGACCAUCGACUUCUCUCUUCUCAACAUUUGGUUCGCGAACCAAGAAAGAAGGGAGCGGAAACAGUUGGAAAAAGAGGAGCAAGAGUGUAUAUGGAGCGAGAGGAGAGGGAGAGAGAGCAGAAGAGAGACUAGAUCAGCGUGACGACGUCUAGUACGACGUUGAGCCGGCAGCCGCGGAGUAGGAGGAGGUUAGGAGGGAGAAAAAUCGAGAAGGAAGCGGCAAGUGUCACGAAGGGACUGUUGUCAGUGAGUGGUGGACCGUGGAGUCGAUUGGGCUGUCAGCGGUUGCGACAUAGCGAAUGGUAGAACGCGAUUGGUACCUACGAGGAUCUCGUUCUUACAGAUUGUUAGUGAAAGCGAGGAAAAUCGUUCGAUACGACAGCGUGCGGUAACUAUAGUGAUCAGAGGGAGAUCUCUGGUGCCGAUCCGACCCGGAAGUACAUUGACCUUGCUCUUCGGCCCGACCUUGGAAAUUGGCGCCACCGUCGGCCCCUUACAGUUUGCGGCUAUCGAGCUGAAAUCGAGUGUACCCCGACCGCGUUACAUUGAACUUCAACUUCUGCUUUCUUCGAUCGAACGAUUUGAUUGGUACUAGAGAGAGAAAGAGAGAGAAAGAAAGUUUAGACAAUUCGGUGUCGCGCAGUGAGCUUUUAAGAGUGGUAGCAGAGUCACCUUCGAGCGGUCGGAAGUUUAGCGGGUGAAAUAGAAGACGGGCAGAAACGGUUUCGGGGGAGAGAUUCAUCAGGGGCAAGAUUAACCACCUGUCAAGUCAGAUGGAAUGACUCAACAUGCGGCCUAGAUUGCAGUGGUUGAUAUUCGUCCUGUUCUGUGUGACGCGCGUCAACGCGGACUUUUUCAACGAGAAAAAAGAGCUGGAAUAUGAUUUACUUCAAGCUUCCGUGGCAUUAACAGACGACAAUAAUUUGUACAUCGACGAUGGUCUCGACGGAUUUCCAAGUUUUGGCUUCCGACCUGGCUCCGAAGUUAAACAGCCGUAUCGAUUAUAUUUGCCGGAAAAAUUGCCAGCAGAGUUCACUUUGGUGGCAACCUUUAAGCCGACGUCAUUUAGAACCAGUUAUCUCUUCGCCGUUCUAAAUCCCUUCGAAACUGUUGUGCAAUUAGGCAUCCGGAUAUCCGAUGGUCCAGGAACAAACCAGAAUGUCUCACUGGUCUACACCAAUUCUGAUUUGCAUUCGCAUUCGGAAGAGGUGGCGAAAUUCACGGUGCCGAAGUUGACAAAGAAAUGGUCGAAGAUCGUAAUAAGAGUAUCGACGACUGAUGUCACCUUAUAUCUAAACUGUCACGAAAUGGCCAAGCAACGAGUAACGAGGAUUCCUCUGGAGUUGAUGUUCGACACAGCCAGCACAUUGUACAUCGCUCAAGCUGGACCUCAUAUUCAGGAAAAAUACGAUGGUCUACUGCAAUCCUUGAAGCUCUAUUCCGGACAUCCAGCGGAUUUGGUAAAAUGCACGGCCGACUUCAACUUCGACCCAGACGAGGAUCUCGGCUCAGGCGAUAUCAAUAACGACUUGAUUGACGGUUUGGAAGACGUUGACACUAAUGUGCCCGACAUCGGACGAGACGAUGACGAAGACAGAAGCGAGGAAAGCAAUCCACCGCCAUUCAUCACACCCCCUCCUCCCAAUCCGGACUACAAAGGGCCGAAGGGUGAGAAAGGUGAUAAAGGAGACAAAGGAGAGAGCGUUCGGGGACCUCCAGGUCCACCCGGACCACCUGGUCAAGACGAGGGUCCACCAGGGAAGAAAGGAGAACCAGGCACGUGCACCUGCAAUGCAACAGCCCUGAUGGCAUCCUUUACGAUGCCAAAGAUGAUCCAAGGACCGAAAGGAGAACAAGGAGUGCCGGGGCAAGAGGGGAAACAAGGCCAAAUGGGGCUGACGGGUGCAGCUGGACCACCUGGAGAGAGAGGACUGGAAGGACCACAGGGUCCUAAGGGUGACAAAGGAGACGUGGGAAUAGCAGGACCGGAAGGUCCUCAAGGACAGAAAGGGGAGCCUGGUCGUGAUGGAAUACCCGGAGAGAAGGGCGCUCAAGGACCUCCAGGACCGCCAGGAAAGGGUGAAUUUUCUGGAUACGACCCCAGUUGGAAACCUCGAGGCAUUUAUAGGACGGAGGGCAUCACCAUGAGACCAGGACUGCCAGGACAGAAAGGCGAGGCCGGACUUCCAGGAAGCCCAGGACCGAAAGGAGAGACGGGAAUCGCCGGUGCCAAAGGAUACAAAGGCGAACCAGGGCACAAGGGUGCAAAAGGCGAUCAUGGAAAAGAAGGUCCACGAGGAAUUCAAGGAUUCAAGGGUGAACCUGGUGCUCCGGGAGCACCGGGGCUUCCUGGCGCGCCAGGUGAGAAUGGAAGACCAGCAGAGAAAGGUGACAAAGGAGACACAGGACCAGAAGGGAAACCAGGCCCUGCGGGUGCACCUGGACCACCGGGAUUGCCUGGAUUGAGCGGCUCUGGUGGAGUAAACGUUGGAGAAGCGAUGUUAAGGGAAAAGGGCGAUAAGGGCGAGAGUGGUACACGAGGAUACAAAGGAGAUAAGGGCACCAAAGGCGAGAAGGGAGACAAAGGUGAUUCUGGACCAGCCGGAAUUCCUGGUGUGAAUGGUAUCCAAGGACCGCAAGGCAACAAAGGCGAGCCAGGGAAGGACGGAGUUCCCGGAGCACCGGGAGUCGUCGGUGCAAAGGGCGAAAAAGGUGAGAGAGGUCCGCCAGGAGCUACAGCUAUAGCGAGCUCUGGAGACUACAUCACCAUCAAAGGUGAAAAAGGAGCAGAAGGCAAGAGAGGUAGAAGAGGGCGUCCUGGACCACCAGGACCGGUCGGCCCACCUGGGAAGACGGGAGCGAUGGGAGAAAUUGGGUUACCUGGAUGGGCGAACUCCAUGAAAGGUCGUCCUGGAACUCCCGGACUUCCUGGACCUGUUGGACCAGUGGGGCCCAAGGGAGAAAAAGGAGAACCUGGUACACCGAGCCCUUACGGAGUCUCUGUCGGCAUCAAAGGCGAUAAGGGAGACGAUGGUUUCCCUGGAAUUCCUGGACAACCUGGAAGAGACGGUCAAAGAGGACCUCCAGGGCCACCCGGACCACCUGGACCACCGUCUCAAGGAAACUAUAUUCCAGUUCCGGGUCCCCCGGGGCCUCCUGGACCGCCAGGACCACCUGGACUAUCUUUGAUUGGACAGAAAGGAGAACCAGGAAUUGGUAGAAGUCACAUCUUUGGCGAAAGAGACUAUUACGGCGUUAGACAGGUUCCAAAGAAUAUAAAAGAUUUUAAACACAAUAUGUUCUUUGGCACGCUGCAAGGACCUAGAACUAGUCUAGACGAAUUGAAGGCUCUGCGAGAACUAAAGCAACUGAAGGAACUUAAAGAACAUUUAGGUGCUGCAACCACCGCAACUAGAGGUCCCUUAGAAAGUACCACGAAGAUCGUACCAGGAGCUGUGACUUUCCAAAAUACCGAAGCUAUGACCAAAAUGUCUGCCGUGAGCCCAGUUGGAACAUUAGCUUAUAUUAUUGACGAGCAAGCUCUGCUCGUUAGAGUGAACAAUGGCUGGCAAUACAUCGCAUUGGGUUCGCUUCUACCAAUAACUACACCAGCACCACCAACCACGUCACCGCCUCCGGUGAAUCCACCUUUCGAAGCUUCCAACCUGAUCAACCAGAUACCCGUAAAAGCAGACGGAACAGGGUGGUAUCCACGGAUGUUACGAAUGGCUGCUUUGAACGAGCCAUUUACGGGAGACAUGCACGGUGUACGUGGAGCUGACUACGCUUGUUAUCGACAAGCGAAGCGAGCUGGUUUGAGGGGUACGUUCCGAGCAUUCCUCAGCUCCAGAGUUCAAAAUGUUGACAGCAUCGUGAGACUUGGGGACCGUGAUCUUCCUAUAGUUAACAUAAAGGGCGAUGUACUUUUCAACUCGUGGAAAGAGAUGUUCAACGGAAACGGGGCCUACUUCUCGCAAAAUCCAAGGAUUUACAGUUUCAAUGGCAAAAAUAUCCUCACCGACUUUGCAUGGCCAGAAAAGGUGGCAUGGCACGGAUCGCACAAAUUAGGAGACCGGGCAAUGGACACGUAUUGCGACGCCUGGCAUUCAAGUAGUUCGGAUCGUUACGGAUUAGGAUCACCGUUAACUGGGGGACGCCUCUUGGAGCAAGUUCGUUAUUCCUGCGACAACAAGUUCGCGUUGCUCUGUAUAGAAGUAACCAGCGAGACCACAAGAAGGAGGAGAAGCGUCGAAGUUUCGGAGGAUGAGGACGAAAUGUCGGAGAACGAUUAUAAGGAGUACUUGGAUUCUCUGAUGGAAAACUAACCCUUCUACCGUUCCCAUUCCCAUCUCUUCUAUCCCAAUUUUCUCUCUGUCUUUUAACAUACGUAAAAUACACAGCAACAACAUCGUUGUAUAGAUAGAAACCGAGAUGAGUCAACCGCGUAUCGUUCCUGUUUGAUGAACUGUAUAAUGAAAAGCAAUAGAAAAAGAAAAGAGAAGAAAACAUAAAAAAAAAAAAAAAAGAAAAAAAUGUUCAAACAGAAGAAUACGAUGAAUACACAAUAAAAACAGAGUAAUCAUCUCGUUUCUAAUCAGCGUGAAAUCUAUCUGUAAUUCGAAAGGUUAUAACCCUAAUCGCGAGUCAUUAGCCAACGCUUUAUACCGAGUUUCCGUUCUCUCUUUAAGAAAUAAGACUGAUCGUCUAGACAUCGUUCAUCAGUGUUUCAUAUCGAUUACUCGCCUGUACUCUUAAUCCGUCAUCGUUAUCGAGCGUCGGAAAAACGCGACAUCACCGGUUUCUUCGGCGCGCGUCAACCAACUCGACGCCAUUAGAAGUUCCCUACGUCACGAUAAACGUCCAGUACUUAGAACGCUGCUACGAGAGGAGAUUCUUUGAAGCGUGGUCAAAGAUGUUCAUCAUUCGAGUCAUAAUUUACUGUUUAAGGGAUUAAAGAACGAAACAAAAAGAAUAAAAAUGAAAAAAAAAUUGCAGAAAAAAACAGAACGUAAACUAACGGCUGCCCUACGACCUAAUAAAAAUGUCGGAAUUCAUAUCCGCAAUCGAAUUACAUUUACACUUUAGCCAAUACAUAUGAGUGUGUAUGUUAGAUAUAAGAAACGAAUCGAUUAAAAAAAAAAAAAACAAACAAAUAAAUAAAGGAUUCCGUAUAAGAUGAUUGAGUUUCUUGCAUCCGGAAUCCAGAUUUAUGCUCUGUGUACAAUUCGCGGCAGACGCGUUUGGUGCGAUAGUAAAUUGCAUGAUUGUACAGUAAGGAUGUAAGUACUUAUACUUACGGUGCUACAGGCCCAUAAAUGUAACAGUAUGUAUAUGCGAUGAAAGGAUUAUUUAGAAAUUGGAUUAACAAUCGCGAACAGUUGUGGAAUAUGCUUCUAAAACUAUUUCGGCGUAUAUGUAGCAAUAUUUUAUAACUUACGUAUAGUUCUCGUUGGAAAAGAAACACGUUGUAUACACCAUUCCGCGAGCUGUCGCUGUCUUAAUCGUCAUUGGCCUCUGCUUUUACAUCGAGCAUAAAUCGAGUCUAAGUCAGUGUCUAUAAUUCGAAGAUACGAUAUAUUACUAACGUUAAACUAAUUUAUUACGAUUAAGUAGAGAGAACGUCGGUCUAUACCUUUAGGUUGUCAGCAUGCUUGUUGGCGAAUCGAUUUCACUCCAAAAAAAUAACAAAUAAUGAAAAUUCUCCCGAUGCCGUAAUGUAGGUCUUGACGUACCGAUGUAAAACCAACUAUCCUUCGAUAUAGUUUGCACCGACGACCGUUUUAGUUCGAAAUUUUGUAUUAUUUGUACACUUUAUUAUUGUCUUUCUAAAUAAAGAACGGAAAGUGCAUCUAA